AACUCGUGUUGCAUUGUGGGAAAAUUUCUUCUGACAAACAUGGCAGAUCCCUUUGGAGAUGGGUUGUUCAGCGUGUUUGACGAUGAACAACAAAGUUCUAAUAGCAAAAAACCACCCGCAACUGUGGCUACAGAAACAACGAAAACCGCAAGUAAAAUCAGCGCUGACAAGGAUGCAGGUCCGUCUGCUCGGGUCAAGAGGGAGGCAGACUUUGAUGGCGGGGAUGAGGUGGUGAUUGGGAAGAAAGCUCGACAUGAGACAGUUUCAUCUAAUGACAUAAAUCUUGCAGAAUUAAUGCCUCAGGUGAAGGUGGAGCAAGUGGAAACUGUGGAAGGAUGCUCACAUGAGGUUGCUUUGCCUGCGGAUGAUGAAUACAAACCACUGAAACCGAGAGUGGGGAAAGCAGCAAAGGAGUAUCCUUUUGUACUUGAUCCUUUCCAGCGUGAAGCCAUCUUAUGUAUCGACAACAACCAGUCUGUGCUGGUCUCUGCACACACCUCUGCUGGCAAGACUGUUUGUGCAGAAUAUGCCAUUGCACUGGCUCUCAGAGACAAGCAGCGAGUCAUCUUCACCAGCCCCAUCAAAGCCCUCUCCAACCAGAAGUACAGAGAGAUGUAUGAAGAGUUCCAGGAUGUUGGACUGAUGACUGGAGAUGUCACCAUCAAUCCCACUGCCUCCUGUCUUGUCAUGACAACAGAGAUCCUGAGGAGCAUGCUGUACCGGGGUUCAGAGAUUAUGAGGGAAGUGGCAUGGGUCAUCUUUGAUGAGAUCCAUUACAUGAGAGAUGCAGAGCGCGGUGUGGUUUGGGAGGAGACCAUCAUUCUUCUUCCUGACAAUGUGCAUUAUGUAUUCCUGUCUGCUACCAUCCCCAAUGCCAAACAGUUUGCUGAGUGGAUCUGCCACUUGCAUAAGCAGCCAUGCCAUGUGGUCUACACAGACUACCGCCCCACUCCUCUGCAACACUAUAUCUUUCCAGCAGGGGGCGAUGGACUCCACCUCGUGGUUGAUGAGAAUGGGGACUUCAGAGAAGACAAUUUCAACACUGCCAUGCAGGUGCUGAGAGAUGCUGGGGAUUCUGGAGGCAGCAGUGGAGGUGGCAAGUGGGACCCGAGAGGUCGAAAAGGAGGCACUAAAGGUCCAUCCAGUGUUUUUAAGAUAGUGAAAAUGAUCAUGGAGAGAAACUUCCAGCCGGUCAUCAUUUUCAGCUUCAGUAAGAAGGAGUGUGAGGCCUACGCUCUGCAGGUGGCCAAGCUGGACUUCAAUGGUGAUGAUGAGAAACGUCUGGUGGAAGAAGUGUUCAGCAACGCGGUGGACUGUCUUUCAGAUGAGGACAAGAAACUCCCUCAGGUCGAGCAUGUGCUACCACUGUUGAAGAGGGGGAUAGGAAUCCAUCAUGGAGGCCUGCUGCCCAUUCUGAAAGAAACCAUUGAGAUUCUUUUCUCUGAAGGACUUCUCAAGGCUUUAUUUGCCACAGAGACAUUCGCCAUGGGCAUCAACAUGCCAGCUCGAACUGUGCUUUUCACCAGCGCACGCAAGUUUGAUGGCAAGAGUCAUCGCUUUAUUACAUCAGGUGAGUACAUCCAGAUGUCAGGACGUGCUGGAAGGAGAGGAAUGGACGACAGGGGAAUCGUUAUUUUCAUGGUGGAUGAGAAAAUGAGUCCAGCUGUGGGCAAACAGCUACUGAAGGGAUCAGCAGACCCUUUGAACAGUGCCUUUCAUCUGACCUACAACAUGGUGCUAAACCUGCUGCGAGUGGAGGAAAUAAACCCGGAAUAUAUGCUGGAGAAGUCGUUCUACCAGUUCCAACACUACAGGGCCCUACCUGGUGUGGUGGAGAAAAUUAAGAAGUUGGAGGAGCAGUAUCACACUAUUGAGAUUCCCAGUGAAGAUGGUGUGGUUACCUACUUUAAGAUAAGGCAGCAGCUGGCCAAACUUGGUAAAGAGAUACAAGAGUUCAUCCAUAAACCCAAAUACUGCCUACCCUUCUUGCAGCCUGGGCGACUUGUUAAGGUUAAAAAGGACGACGCUGACUUUGGCUGGGGAGUUGUUGUAAACUUUUGCAAGAAGUCUAAUGUGAAAGCCAGCACAGACUCCGAGCCUCUGUAUGUGGUGGAGGUUUUGCUCCAUUGUAGCAAGGACAGCGUGAAAAACUCUGCAACGGAGGCUGCUAAGCCUGCUGUAUCUGGGGAGACCGGAGAGAUGCAGGUGGUUCCAGUGAUGCUCCAUCUACUCACUUCAAUCAGCUCAGUUCGUCUUUACAUCCCCAAAGACUUGAGGCCUUUUGACAACAGACAGCUCAUGCUCAAGUCCAUACAGGAAGUCCAGAAGCGUUUUCCAGAUGGUGUUCCUUUACUCGACCCCAUAGAUGACAUGGGCAUCAAAGACCCUGGGCUGAAGAAAGUUAUUCAGAAAGUGGAGGCAUUUGAGCACCGCAUGUAUACCCACCCCCUGCACACUGACCCCAACCUGGAAUCAGUCUAUUCUCUCUGUGAGAAGAAAGCUCUGAUUGCGGCAGACGUUCGAUCGGCCAAACAAGAGCUGAAGAAAGCUCGGACCGUUCUGCAAAUGGAUGAGCUGAAAUGUCGCAAGAGGGUUCUGCGUAGACUCGGCUUCGCCAGUCCCUCUGACGUCAUCGAGAUGAAAGGGCGAGUUGCCUGUGAAAUUAGCAGCGCUGAUGAGCUCCUGCUGACCGAUAUGGUGUUUAACGGUCUCUUCAACAACCUGACGGCUGAACAAGCCACUGCCCUGCUGUCCUGCUUCGUCUUCCAGGAGAAUGCCAGUGAGAUGCCGAAACUAACCGAACAAUUGGCUGCACCACUCAGACAAAUGCAGGAGUGUGCGAAGCGCAUUGCUAAAGUAUCUGCAGAUGCCAAGCUAGAGGUGGACGAGGAGACGUAUCUAAACCAGUUUAAACCCCACCUGAUGGAUGUGGUCUACGCCUGGGCCAACGGGGCCACGUUUGCUCAGAUCUGCAAGAUGACUGACGUUUUUGAAGGAAGCAUCAUUCGCUGCAUGCGUCGUCUGGAGGAGUUACUGCGACAAAUGUGCUCUGCAGCCAAAGCCAUCGGCAACACUGAACUGGAGAACAAAUUUGCAGAAGGAAUAACAAAGAUCAAGAGGGACAUCGUCUUUGCUGCCAGUCUGUAUUUAUAGUGGUGAACCCGCUCAAGGUUCACGUUGGCCUUCUGUUCUUCACCAAGAGAUAUCCGAUUGGAAAAUGUCUUUUUUUUUUUUUUUUACCCCUACCUUCACUCAUAAUUUCUAAUUUAAACUUUAAUGUCCUUUUUGAGCUCAUUGUUUAUUUACAUUGAAUGCAUCGAUGUGGCCAGAACACAUUAAACAUUCUUUUAUUUAGCUUUUUGCUUACAUGGGCAAUAACAGUCAUAACAACAAACACCUGUUAAUUUUAAUGAGUGAAAUGGCUUUAUUUUCCAUAGUUUGACAUUUGUACAUAUUUGUAACAUUGUUUUUCAAUAAAAGUCUGUAUGGUGAUUUGUAUACAUACAGAUUAUACAAAAGUA